UUAAUGUAACCGGCGUGAGAGGCGCGGGCAGCGGUGGCGGUGGGAGCGGCGGCUGCAGGAGCAGCAGGAGCGGCGGGUACCCGGUGCCCAGCGUCCCCGAGGCAGCCGACUGCUCCACCCCCACCCUCCUACAGCCGGGCAGGACCUGCGCCACUAACCUGGCCCUCCGCAGUCCCGCGGCGACCGAAUCCUCUUUGGCUGCGCUGCUGUGACAACUCGGGACUCGCCCUAGGAGUUUGCCCGCUGGGGAGGGAGACCAAGCGGCAGAGCGCACUCUUGCUCUUCUCUCCACCAUUUCGCGGAUGUCUUCCCCUGGGUCUUGAGAGAACUUUGCUGCAGGCUGGAGAGCCCUUUGCAGAGAGUGAGAAAAAGGGAAGAAAAGAAAAAGACCCAGGAAGAAGAGGCGCUGACGAAGGGUACUGAGCGGCUGUACGGCCGGGACAAGUGCGCGCAGGGCACUGCGCCCUAAUGCGCCCCGGGCUCAAGGAACAGCGGGUGGUUGCGGGAUUCCUCCACGAGGAGUAGCCCUGUGGGUCCAGGAGCGUUUGUGCAACCGCGGAGAACACCGAGUGCCGGUCGCACGGGGCGUGCCGAGCUGCCUCCCGGCGCGCCCUCCGCACUUUCCUCGCUUCGUCAUCUCUCGUUCCCCAUUCGGGGCUGAGGCUCUGGACCACCGGGUGAGGAUCCUCAGCUUCGAUCCCGACCUUGCAGUUUGCAGAAGGCAGUGAGCGCCUGGCCAAAGACGCCGCCGGGACCCGAGGAGUUGCCCCGGAACGCCGCCGGGUUUGUUUGUGUGUGGGUUAGCUGGGGGUGCCGCGUCACCUGCACCUCGCCUACUGCCACCGCUGUCGCGGGGAAAACCCGGGGAGGAGGCUGAUCAGAAGAGCAAAGCAAAACAGCCCGCCUGGAUUUGUGUGCCCGGGACGGGCGCCCGGCACGCGGAUCUCGGAGAGGAGUGCCGCCGGAGUCACCGCGACCCCACCUCCUCGUUUGGGCGGCCGAGGGCCGCGGGUUGGAACGCAACCCCUGCGCUCUUUCCCUGUGCGCCAGAGACGCCGCGCAGAUUUUCGGAGCAGCCCGCACCUGGGCGCCCCACAAUGUGGCCCUGAGGGCGGAAUCCCAUAGGCAGGAGCUGCCGCCGGCACCGAGAGGCCACAGAGUGCGCCCCGGUGCGUGGCCAGCGCGCCCGCUUCUGCCUGGCCUCCUGGCUUAAUUUUCCUCGGCGGGAUUAAAGUUGGAAAUUGAGCGGAGAAUUGAGUUGUCCGGGAACCGAGCCGCGGCAGCCGCCAGAGCGAUGUUCCCGCAGAGCCGGCACCCGACGCCUCAUCAGGCUGCAGGCCAGCCCUUCAAGUUUACUAUCCCGGAGUCCUUGGACCGGAUUAAGGAGGAAUUCCAGUUCCUGCAGGCGCAGUAUCACAGCCUUAAAUUGGAAUGUGAGAAACUGGCAAGUGAAAAAACAGAAAUGCAGAGGCACUAUGUGAUGUAUUAUGAAAUGUCAUAUGGACUAAACAUUGAAAUGCAUAAGCAGAGAGAACUGGUAGAUACCAAAGUAUCCUGUCAGUCCCUACUAAUGAUAUUGCAGUGACAAAAUGGCAGACAUUGUAAGUGAUAAAAUGACUUUAUUGAGCAAAAUAAACAAGUUCUUUUGCAACUAACCCUAGCAAUUAG